CUAUCACAGUUUUUUCUUGCGCCUUGCCUCUCUAUCUGUCUAAAAAUUUCAGAUUUAGAUUUUUUUUUUCUUUUUUGUUUUUAAUUUCUUCGAAUAAUUACCUUGAAGAAGAAGAUUAUUUUGUAUCUCAAAGAUCAGAUCUUUACUUUUUAGUAAGAGAAAGAGAGGUUAAGGGGGUGAGAAUUUAGUGAUUCUGAAAAAAAUAAAAUUAGGGUUUCUUUUUCCACCUGUGUGUUAUAAUACCGCCAAGUUUUGUAUACAAAAAUUCUACUUGAUUUUUGUGUUUGUGAUUAAAAAGGGUUUCUUUGUUUGGGUUUUUGGAUUACUGGGUCUGCAAAAUUAGUUUGUUCUAGUGAAAAAAGAUUAGUGUUUAGUUGUGUUCUAAUGGAGAAGAAGAAGGUGUCUGUUCCUCUAGUUUGUCAUGGACAUUCGCGUCCAGUUGUUGAUUUGUCUUAUAGUCCUGUUACUCCGGAUGGUUAUUUUCUCAUCAGUGCAAGCAAGGAUUCUACCCCCAUGCUAAGAAAUGGAGAAACCGGUGAUUGGAUUGGUACAUUUGAAGGGCACAAGGGUGCAGUUUGGAGUUGCUGCUUGGACAAGCCUGCUUUACGUGCUGCAUCCGGUUCAGCUGAUUUUACAGCAAAAAUAUGGGAUGCUCUGACUGGUGAUGUACUGCACUCUUUUGAUCACAAACACAUAGUUCGGGCAUGUGCCUUUUCAGAGGAUACACAUCUUCUAUUUACUGGAGGUUUUGAGAAGAUCCUUCGGAUAUUUGAUUUGAAUCGUCCUGAUGCAUCACCAAGAGAAGUUGAUAAAUCUCCUGGGUCAAUUAGAACAGUAGCAUGGCUUCAUAGCGAUCAGACAAUAUUAAGUUCAUGCUCUGAUAUUGGAGGCGUGAGGUUAUGGGAUGUAAGGAGUGGGAAGAUCGUGCACACAAUAGAAACUAGUUCACCUGUGACAAGUACUGAAGUGAGUCAGGAUGGUCGUUAUAUCACCACUGCAGAUGGUUCCACUGUUAAAUUUUGGGAUGCAAAUCAUUUUGGAUUAGUGAAGAGCUAUGACAUGUCGUGCACUGUGGAAUCUGCUUCACUGGAACCAAAGCAUGGCAACAAGUUCGUUGCUGCUGGAGAAGACAUGUGGAUUCGACUGUUUGAUUUCCAUACAGGCCAGGAGAUUGCUUGCAACAAGGGUCAUCAUGGUCCUGUGCAUUGUGUGCGGUUUGCCCCUGGAGGUGAAUCAUAUGCCUCCGGAUCUGAAGAUGGGACAAUCAGAAUAUGGCAUACCGGCUCUUCGACCCGUGAAGAGAAUGAUUCCGCUCUUGCAAAUGGUUUGGGUGGGAAAGACAAGUCAGUUGACGAGGUCACAGAUAAGAUGGAACAUGUUGAAAUCGCCAAAGAUGAAAAAACAGAAGAGAAAAUAGAGGCAACUACUAAUGCUUGACAUUUUGUUUUGCACAUGAAACUGUAUUUUGGUCUUUGAUGAUUUUACUGGCUUUUUUGUUUGCACAAGAAAGGUUGAUAUUUUUAUUAAAAAGAGAUAACAGAGUACAUAGAUGAGUUAUAUGAUCAUAUUAAGACAGUCCCCAAUAUGAGAAUUUCAACUUAGCUACAAGCCAGAAUAACUC